UUGGAGUAAUACUUAUACAGAGUUUCUAACCCUAAAAUUCCGAAAUUUUUUCAAAAUGAAAAGAACAGUGUGUUCUGUUUGAUUGGAUUGGGUAUGAUCGCCGACCCCUGCUUGCAGCCUCGGUUGCCGAUGUCGCUUAUCUGCAAUAAUACUAAUGCUUGCAACCUUCACCAGCCAAGCCACGACUCUGCGUGAUUCCUUCUUCUCUUUGUUCCAAAGAUGUGUGACCGUUCAGCAUCUCUUCCAAACCCACACUGUCCUCACCACUUCAGGCCUCUCGCACGACAUCUUGUUACUCCCCCACCUCCUCCUACGUUUCCUCGCCAUCUCUCCACCAUGUUAUCUCUCCUACGCUUCGAUUCUCUUCGACCGAAUCCAAACGCCCGACAUCUGCCUGUGGAACAUGAUGAUCAGGGCUUUUGCGUCAAGUCCCGAACCCGAAAUGUCCCUUGUUCUAUUUGCAAGAAUGCGCCGAGAUGGCGUCGCUCCGAGUAAGCACACAUUUCCUGCACUUCUCAAGGCCUUUUCCAAGUUGAAAAACGAAACCCUGUUUCAGGUUCAUGCUCAAAUUGUGAAAUUCGGAUUCAGUUUCGACCCUUUUGUCCGGAACUCGUUGAUCUCCGUGUUCGCAAAUGGUGGGUGCGUCGGUUUCGCCCGCCGGGUGUUUGAUGAAAGUCUGCAGAGGAUUGAUGUGGUUGCUUGGACGGCAAUGAUUGAUGGGUAUGCUAGAAAUGGACUUGCCAUGGAAGGAUUGGGAUGUUUUCUGGAGAUGAGAUCGGGAGGUGUCAGGGUCGAUGAGGUGGCCAUUGUUAGUGUUCUCUGCGCAGCGGGGACGGUGGGUGAGGUUUGGUUUGGAAAGUGGGUUCAUGGGUUUUACAUAGUGUCGGGGCGAGUACCUUCGGAUGUUUACGUUGGCAGUGCUCUGCUCGACAUGUAUUCGAAGUGUGGCUACUGCGACGAUGCGCAUAAAGUGUUUGAUGAAAUGCCUAGGAAAAACGUGGUUUCUUGGAGCACACUGAUGGCAGGUUACGUGCAUUGUCAUAGAUUCCAGGAGGUGCUUCGCAUCUUUCAGGACAUGCUUCUAAAAGACGUCCCGCCCAAUGAGUUCACGUUGUCCAGUGUUCUCACUGCAUGCGCACAACUAGGGGCAUUAGAUCGAGGGAGGUGGAUCCACCGAUAUUUGGAUAACCAAAAACUGGAAUUGAGCUCAACACUAGGGACAGCUUUGAUAGAUAUGUAUGCGAAGUGUGGGUGCAUGAAGGAGGCAUUCUUCAUUUUUAGGCAGUUGCCAUGCAAGGAUGUUUACCCUUGGACUGCCAUGAUUAAUGGGUUGGCAAUGCAUGGAGAUGCUUUAGGCUCUUUGAAUCUAUUCUCUUGCAUGUUUAAAAAUGGAGUUCAACCCAAUGAAGUUACCUUUGUUGGUGUUCUUAGUGCUUGUUCUCAUGGAGGACUAAUAGAUGAGGGACGCAAGUUCUUUCGAUUAAUGAGCUGUGCUUUUCGUUUGGAGCCUGAUAUAGAACAUUAUGGCUGCAUGAUUGAUCUCUUUGGUCGGGCUGGAUGCUUGGAGGAAGCUUUGAAAUUGAUUGCCAACAUGCCAAUGGAGCCUACUCCUGUCAUUUGGGGAGCUCUAUUUGCUGCCUGUAUGAUUCAUCGAGAUUUUGUGCUAGGGGAACUUGUGGGGAAACGUCUUAUCGAGCUGCAACCCCAUCAUGGUGGUACAUAUGCGCUUUUGGCAAACUUAUACUCAGCAUGUCGAGAAUGGAAAGCCAAUGCUCAUGUAAGGAGGCUCAUGAAAUGGAAAGCAGUUAGAAAGACACCAGGGUGUAGCUGGAUUGAAAUGAAUGGUGUGAUUCACGAGUUCACCUCCUUUGACAGAUCUCAUGCAGAAUCAGUUGAUGUAUAUUUGAUGGUGGAUAGAAUUAUGGACCAGCUGAAGCAUGUUGGUUGUUCUCUAGAGACCAAAAUGUUACCUUUGGCACACAUGGGUUGAAACAGAAUAUUUCUAAUUAAGCUCAAACUUUUGAGUAGGCUUGCUCUUGGCUAA